CGAGGCCCCGCCCCCCGGCGCCGGCCGGACCCGCUGCCCCGGCGGCCACUCGCCCCGGGCUGCGCUGGCCCGGGCGGGCCGGGCCGGGCCGCUCCCCCUGUCCCCGCCCCGCGCAGCCGAUCGCCUGCCAAGAUGCUUCGGUCUCCGCGGCCAGAGGAGGACUGUGCUCCCAAAGGCGUUGUUUCCAGCUAGAUGCAGCCGAACGGCCUGGCCGCCAUGGAGAGGGGCUGCCCGGAGGAGCCCGCCCGCAGCGGGUGGCCGUCGGUGGCCUGCGGGCAGCAGGAGGGAAGCGAGCGUCGGCGGGAGGAGACCGGGGACCGGCUGCCCGAGCGGGGCGAUGCCUCUGUGGGGGCUGCAGAGCCACCGCAGGCUCAGCCGCCCCCCGGCAAGCUGAAGAAAACGGCUUUCAAACUGUUUGGGGGGAAGAGGAGCAUCUGCACGCUGCCCAGUUUGUUUGGCGGCAGGAGCAAAGGGCAGGGGAAAGCGGGCUCUAAGAAGGGCCUCAGUAAAUGCCGGACCCACGAGGGGCUCAGCGGAGCUGCCGGCGAGAAGGGCGGCGAGGCGCCAGCGGAGAGCCCUCGGGAGGGGAGCGGGGACUCGCGUCCCGGCCCUUUGCCCAGCUCCCAAAGCGCUCCCUCGGCCGUCGACGCCGGCGCCAGGUUGGAUGUCGGCCGUCGGGACAGCUGUGAAGCCGGGGGCGCGGAGGGCUGCGAGAAAAAGCCCAGCGGAGAGAAGUCGUCCUUGCCGCGAGCCAAAAAAGGGCUGAGAGGGUUUUUGAACAGCAUCCGUCGCCACCGGAAGAGCAAGGCUGCCGAGUGUGAGCCGGCGGAGCUGUGCGAGUGGAGCGGGGAUGCGGAGGAGGCCGGCAAAGCCGCUGGUGCGGGAGCGGAGAGCCGAGGGGCUGCAGAGGGAAGGGGACCGGGCCCUGUCCCUGCUGCCGCAGCCAGCCCGGGGGGCACGGCGGGGGACGGCUCGGCCGGCCCCGCUGCCGGCUGCGGGGAGGCUGCCCAGCCUGGCUGUCCCGCGGCCGGAGACGGCAGCUCUGAGGGCGAGGCGGUGGCGAUGCCGGGGAAGAGGGACGUUCUGGACACGAAAUCGGAGGCGGAGGCUGAUGCCGGCGCAGAGUUUGACCCUGGCAACCUGCUGCUGGGCUUUCACCCGGACUUGGUGGACACCGACCCUCCCUGCCUGCACUCUGGGGACCUGCUGAGCCUCAUCCUGGGAGACGUCACCUCCCUGAAGAGCUUCGACUCGCUGACGGGGUGCGGAGACGACAUCGCGGAGCCGGACAUGGCCGAGAGCAGCAUCUCUGUGGAGCGCAGCAGAGACGCCGCGAAGCGGAGCUCCUGCCUGGUGACCUACCAGGGCGGUGGGGAGGAGAUGGCCGUGCCGGAGGAGGCGGAGGAGUUCCUGCACCAGAUCUGGAGCAGCCACGCGUCCGGGGACGGGAGCUACGGAGCCCAGGUGUCGAGCAGCAGUUUGGAGACACAGGCGUCGCGCGAGGCGGAUGCCCCCCCGUAUCUGGGGGACGCGAUGGACGGCGUUGACCUCCUGACGCCGCAGAGCGACCAGCAAGAGUCCGCCCCCAAUAGCGACGAGGGUUAUUACGACUCCACCACGCCGGGGCCGGAGGACGAAGGCGGAGACGGGCUCGGUGAGAUGAAGAAGGAGCGUCUUCCCAGAGACAGUUACAGCGGCGAUGCACUGUACGAGUUUGACGCGCUGACGAGUCCCUCGCACGGGGAGGAAUCCCUGUUUGAGAGCAAAGUCUCUCGGCCGGGGAUCGUCAGCUACUUCUUGGACUUCUGCCUGCCUGGGGAGAGGAGCCUGAUCCAGAUGCUGGAUGAGAAAAGGGGGCUGAUGGAGACGGAGGAAGAGCGGCUGGCGGCCAUUCAGAAAGAGCUGCUGUACUGGGAGCUGCAGAGGGAGCCGGCCUGGAAAGGCCGUGAUGUUCCCAGCACGGAGAAGUGUCCGCGGGACAAGCAGUGCGUGGAAUGUCAAACCAGAGCAGGCGGCUCGAUUGGCAAGAACCAGAGCGGCCUUGGUAGCGAGCCGGUGGCCUCGCUCGCCCCAAACAGGGGUGUGAAUAGUGGGGUGUCGGUGUCCAGAGUCGAAAACCCAGAGUGGAGGGAUUUUCCCGGGACUCUGUGUCCAGAAAACUGCUCCAGCAGCCAAAAAGGCCACGGAAGUUGCCUUAUUGAGGUCACGAAGAACAAGGCGGGGUUCGAUUUGGAGCCGGACUGUGGGUUGUUUGGGGGCUCCGUCCCUGUGCAAGCGGGGCUGUUCCCCGGGUACCGGCUGCCGGAGGCAGAGCGUGGCGGCGGAGCAGAGACCGGCACCGGCGAGCCCCGGGUGGGCAGCGAGCGCGAGCCCGAGCAUGCCGUGAGCUUCUCGCAGGCGCUGGUGGAGUUUGCCAGCAGCGGGACGCUCUUCUCCAGCCUCUCGGAAAGCCUGGGGAGCUCCGGCUCCGGCUCGUCCUUCCCCCAGAGCCUGCCUGCCCUGCCCACCAUGGUCACCUUCGACAUCGUGGACGUGGAGCAGGAAGGGGAAGGGGAGUGCGAGCGGCACCCCGAGAUGAACGCCGGCGAGGACAUUGCCGAGGUCUUUGAGGACGGCUACGGGCGGAAAGAGUCGCUGGCGGAAUGCGAGGAGGGAAUGUCCCCGGGGCACCCGCUGGGCUCCUUCCCGAGCUGCGACUGGGGCGUUGCCAGCCUGCCCCGCCACCUGCGCCUCCACGGGCUGAGCCCCGCCAUGCCGGCCCCGCUCUCCGUCGGCCGCAGGAGCCGCUCGCUGGACACGGAGAGCCUGGAGCUGGAGCUCGCCCACGCGCAGGUGGCCGAGAGCGAUCCCCAGCCGGGCCGGCCGCGGGCGCAGCGGGAGGGCGGCAGGAGGGACUCGGGCGGAGCGAGGAGAAGCCGGAGCCAGGAGGAGGAGGAGGGCGAGCUGGCGGCGGCCGACGGCGGGUUGAGCUGGCCGGGCUGGCGGCACCUCCAGCACGACGCCGAGGCGGCUGCCGGGGCCCUGGAGCGCUGGGGACUGGCUCCGGCCGCCGCCGUGGAGAGGGCCUGGGAGCCGUCGGAGCAGCCGGGCGCCGCGUGUCCCGUCCCGUCCCUGUCCCUCAGCGUGGCCGGAGAGACUGCGGGCAGGCGGCCCCCGGAGCCGGAGCCGGGCCGGCGCCCGCUCAGGCCCUGCCAUUUACCUCUGCAGAGCGAGGCCCGGCGGCCGCGGGAGGUGGCCGGUCCCUGCCGGCCCCGCGGAGAAGCCGCCGCCAAGAAGCUGCCGCCCUUGUUCCCCCCUGGAGGAGCCGAGCCCCAGGUGCCCCCCGGCUUUCGUUUCGCCUGCUCCCCGGAGAAGGGCGCCCUGUGCAAACCCGUCGGUGUCGCCCAGGGCAUCCCGCAGCGUCCCGAGGGCAGCGCCCGCGCCGGAGAGAGCCCGGAGCGCUGCGGGGAGCCCCUGAAGGGCAGGGCCAGCCCCGGCCACGCGCUGCCCGCCGGCUGCGGCAGCACGGCCGGGAGCGUCACCGAGGGCCAGUAGGUGCUCCGGGGAGGGGGUGACGAGGGCUGCGGGGUGCGGGGAGGGGACAAUUAGCACUAACGAGCAGUUUGUGAGGGACCUGAAUGUAGAGCUGGGCUGAGGAGGCUCCUCUCCCGCAGCCCCGGGCCCUGCUCUCGCCGCUGCGGAUGCUGGGGCGCGUUCGGAGCCGCCUCUGGGAUUGGGGCGUUGACGCGAGGCACGUUCUGGUUUUCCAGCGGCAGCCGCCGGGCUCUGGAACGCCGAGCGCAGGAACAGCCCCCGACACCUCACGCUGCUGCGGGGACAAACGCUGGGAACGGACCCAUCGCCAGCGCGGCGGGUUUGGGGUUUCUGCAGGCUGGGAGCCGGGGGGUCCUGGGGACACUGCUGGGGGAAAUGGGGGUUUGAUUCCUCCUCUCGGUGCAAUGCUGCGGUUCAGACUCUCUUGAAUGUCGCCCAUCUCGGGCUCGGCUUGGGGAGGCUGGGAGGGAGGACGCCGGUUAUUGGAGAGCGAGGACGGGAGACGAGGCAGCUGAAGGGGGAACUUUGCCGUAACUUUUCUAUUUAUUCUUUUUUUCCCUUGCCCCAGAAGAAAAGCAGGAGCUUUUGUGUGCGUGCCGGUAACGUUUUCCAGGUCUCGUUUUAAUUUGCUCAAAGGUACCGCGCUCGGAGAGAUGUGCUGUCGGUGGUGUCCCUUUUGAGAGCAAAGUGUCGGUCCCGUCCGUGUCGUGGUCUGGCCUCCCGGUGCGUAAUUCCCAGGUGGAACCUUUCCCGUGCUUUGUCCCACGCUCCAAUCCUCUCCCGGGCCACGGGCACAGGGACGAGGUCUUGGACAGAAGCUCAGUUCCCAUCGUGCCCGUAGCUGCAAAGUUGCAGAUGCCGUUACUUUCUUCACAAGGAAGUUUUGUGGGUUGUUUUUAGUUGUUUUUGUUUUUUUAAAUUAUUUUAGAGUAAUUUUCUUUGCAUAAACUCAUACGAGGAAAGUAUUCUGUUAAUUGGAAUACAGGAUGUAACGCAGCCUAAAUUAGGCUUCACGACUUCUUCCUCCCGACUGGAGGGCACAAAAAGCUGGAGGUCGCUGCAGGUUUUGGGUUUGUUUUUCCUCUUUGAAGGCCGUGGAGGAGGGACAGGAGCGGAGGAGACGGGCUUUGUCUGAGGAGGUCGUACGAGCUCCUGGAAACAUCGAUCUCGGGCCGCUGGUCCCCGGGGCGUCUCCCCGUCCUCCGUGGUGUCAAACUCGCUGGUCUCGAAAGCAAACCUCCCUGUCCGGGACCGACAAAGCUUCAUCCUCCUCCUGUCCGAGCUCCGUGUUCUGAUUUUCAUUCAGUUACCGGUGAUGGUUUUGUUUCCCCUCGGCCCCGAGUUGCCCCUUUUCUGCUUUUCUUUGCAGCAGAGUUUGUAGCGUGAAACAGGAAUCGUCCCGCGCUGGCAAUGUCCAUCUGUGACGGAGCCGGGAGAGGCAAAGCCAGGCUUCGAUGCCCAAGGCUGGACUGAUUGAUGUGUUUUUCCCUUUCCUGACCAGAGUGCUGAGGCUCGAGUGGACCCGUCUGUGUGUCCGUGGGCUUAAACCUUCAUUUUUUGGGAUUUUCCCCCCAGUCCUGCUGCAGGGAGUUACCGCAGGGACCCGCCGGGCCACGUUUUUCCCUCCCGUCUUCUUCUGCCCCCGGAGAGGAUUUUGUGGGACAAACCCGGCUCCUGAUGCCGCAUCCGCAUCCCGCCGAGAUGGAGGGGAGAAGGCGGUCGGCCAGCGAAGGGUCCCCUCGGCCCCGAGGUUGUGAGCGCAGCCUCUCCUCGUCAGCAUCUGCUAACGAAUCCUGCCUAAUUGGAGCAGUCCCCCCCUUGCCGGGCGUGAGGGGAGGGUCAGGUCUCGGCACCGCACGUCUCAGCGCCACUCACAAAACCAAACGCACGGCAAACGCUGCUGGUGGCGCUGGGGACGUUGUCCCGCAGCCGGGCGGUCACUGCGUGGCCCGGGCAGCGGCCCCGCGCCAGCCUUUAGUCACUCUGUUCUUUUCGCCUGGCACCGAAGGCACGGGGCGGGUUGGGGGGGUUUGUGGAGCGUCGUGUUGGGACGUGGGGCCGCCUUUGCCAAAGUCUCGGGGAGGAGCGAAAGCGUCUGGGUGCUCACGUGAAUGUUGCGUUGCAAAGGCGCGUCUCUAGGAAUAAUUCCUUUGGUUGUCGGUCCGUGAGGGAAAGGCUUAGUGAGAAGAGCUUCUGGCCUCAGGAGGGUGACAGCAAUACAGCCAGGACUUGAUAAUCUGACUUUAUACCAAAGGUUUCUCCUCUUAAUUUGACGCGGCCGAAAUGAAGCCCGUAUCUCUUGAUUCCAAAUGAGCUUUCGAAAAGCAGUUUCGGAGCUGAUUUGCUGGAUUCUUGGCGUAUCCUGCCCCAUUAACCCAAAGAAAUAAGGAUUUGCGAUGCGCGAGCCCAGCCUGUAGAUUGUCCCUGCCCUCGAGAGGUGGGGGGUCGCCGCCUGACACGCGGCUCUUCCUGAAAUGCCCGUCCGCCCCGGGAUGGACAGGGACAGAUCUGCUCCGGGUCUGGAGCAGCCCUUAGUGAAACCCUGCCGAACCCGAGGGGCUCCACUUUGAGAGUGGCGAGGGCGGCUGUCUCUGAGAAAGGGCUUCCCAACCAGAAAUGAGUCCUAAAAGUCAGGAAGAGCAGCUUGUCUCGCCACGGUAGUAGGGAAAAACUCAACUCGAGGAACUCGCCUGGAAACGUCCCUUCCAGGGAAGGUCUUGCCUCAAAGCGCUGAAUUCUGGCUGUUAAAUUGCACUGAAAGCGCCGCCGACGGGGUCAGUCUAGCGAGUAAUUCUGUGUUGCCUUCUGGGGACUGCGGGGUUUUUUGUUUGUUUUUUAUACACCUAAG